AUGCCGACAUCGAAGAAUCCAGAGUCAAAGUUGCCCCUGCGACAUCGCUUCAAGCCGACGGCCCCUCAGCCUAAUAACGAGAAUGAGGCUCCUACCAACGCUACGCCGGAUCCCCAACCGACAGAUCCGCCAGCGGCCCCAAACCCCAAAACCCUGGAGCUGAAAGGUUUGUGGAAAGAGGCCUAUGAUCAGCUUUCGAAGGAUGAUGCGAAACUCGUUGUAGCAUACGAAUCCGCCCUUUCCCGACAAUGUGCUGCUCAGCAAACAGAUGGGGACGCAACGUCCGAGGAAACAGGCAUGCGCGAUUUCAUCAACAAUCGUCUUGACGAAAUCCAAGCCUCACAUCUGACGAUGACGAUUUCGGGGAAGUCUAUCGGGAUCAAAGAGCAGGCAGCUCGAGCGGUCCAUGCAAUCCUGAGCGUGAAGGACUUAAUCUCUGCGACGGUUAGCUCGGAGCCUCAUGCGGCGCUCGCCUGGGCCGGCGUUUUGGUGCUACUUGGUCCAAUUUCCAAGUCCUUCACUCAAGAGGAAGACGCGAUCGAUGGGUUCGAGCGCAUCUCGGGGCUCCUAGUUCGCUAUAGAGUCAUUGAAUGUACGCACAUCGAGAUUCCAGUGGAGAAAACCGGAUCGAGUUCCGAUAAGUCGGUUGAGGAUCUCGAGACGAGCAUCAAGGAGGAGACUGUCAAGCUAUACGCGAUGAUUUUGAGGUAUCAGAUGCGGCUCUUGAAACAUUUCUCGCGGUCGGGUCUUUUUCGAUGGAUCGCGGAUGUGAGGGUCGCGGAUGAUUGGAAGGAGAUGUUCGACACCAUCUUGGACAUUGAGAGGUCGAUUGAUCUCAACCUUGGCGCCUUACAAGGCCAUAUCCUGCGCAAGAUUGAGACUGGGGUAGCGCGGCUGAGUGAACAGAUAACAACGGCUCAAAGCACUAUAACUGAGGCUCGAGAUGAGGCAAAGGCAGCAAAGCAGGACAAUCUCUUGAAUAGCCUGUCGAUCGCCAGCGGCGCAGGGUUCAACUCUUGGGAAGAUCAGCAUAAGGCGAGAUGUCUGGACGGGACGCAGAUCAGCACUCUCACCCACAUACAAGACUGGAAGAAUGCCAGCGAUAGGGAGACUAUCUACUGGCUCAGGGGAAUGGCGGGUACAGGGAAAUCCACCGUCUCUCGCACUCUCGCUGCGGCCUGCCAUGACCAGACGCCGUUGUUCGCAGGCGCCUCACAACAGUCCACCAGUAAUACAUUCCUCGGAGCCAGCUUCUUCUUUGAUCGAACCAAGCCUGAUCGGAACAAUGCGAGCAAGAUAGUUACCACAAUCUGCAGGCAGAUUGCAACGACAAUUCCUGAUAUCAAAGGGGAUGUCUGCAACUCGAUCUCCAAACACCCAAGCAUCGGAACUCAGUCGCUCAAUGACCAGUGGGAAUAUCUCGUCGUCAAUCCUCUUCGGUCGCUAGGGAGCCGCACGCUAGUUCCUCUCACACUGAUUACGGUUAUUGAUGCGCUGGAUGAAUGCGAAGGCGAGGCUGACCUGGCGGCAUUCCUUCAACUGAUCGCUCAAGCACCACCCUUAGGUUCGAUAUCGCUGAAGUUCGUCAUCACCAGCAGGCCCGAAGCACACGUCCGCUCCGACUUUGGUACCAUGACCGGAGCCUCUGUUUUUGAAGAUGAGCUUAAUAAAGUUGCCUUGGCUCCCGAUACGGGGACUUCUGAGCACAAGGACGACAUUACCCUAUAUUUGGAGCAUCAACUUACGCGGAUCACCGCCAAGAGCUCCAUCGACGAUUGGCCUGGAGGGGACAACCUUGUGAGAUUGGCCAGGAAAUCUGAUGGGCUCUUCAUCUAUGCGUCUACAGCUUGUCUUUUUCUCGGCGGUGCCAAAGGGCGCGUGGACCGACUAGACAUGCGGCUCAGUAUGAUCUUCAAUGAUAAAGUGGCUGAAGGAUCUCCUCAGCAAAGCCUGGACGGGAUAUACACGCGUAUCCUACGGUUCUCCGUGAUUGGUGAUGCAAUCCAGGAAGAAAAGGACUUGAUAUCUGGCCGAUUCAGAUUGAUUGUGGGGUCUAUUAUUGCCCUCUUUAAGUCUCUUACUGUUUCUGCUCUCGGUCACCUAGCAAUAUCAACGAUUAUACUCGGUCGUAUAUAG